AUGGUCACAACUUUUGCCCAGAAAUUGGUAGCCGGCCAGGCUUUGCAAACGAAGAUCGGGCAGAUUCCCCUCAACUUGAUUCUACCUUGCCCCCAACACCUCCGCUUGCUGCCCCCCAGCCCACGACGUCUCAGCCCGCGGCAUCUCAGCCCGCUGCCCCUGAUCAAGCCCCCGAAUCUUUGCGACAAGGAUUCAGUAGAACCAGUUCUGGAGAUCCCUGAUCUGAUCAACCUAUCACCAGUGGUUAAUCCACCACGCCAGUUACCCUCCCACAAGCAGCCGGGACCAUCGACCGCCCAACAGUUUGAAACCCCGUUUCCUAUGCAACGGCUAAUCCGAUUGGCCGCAACCGUGGAUGACGCAAUGCACCAAAUGGAUGUAGAUGAUCCCCCCAUUCACACCGACAAACCCGAUGAUCCUGCUGUACCGGGGAAUUUAUUGGAUAUUGCUAAGUCAUUACUACAAUCUAUGCAAACCAUAGCGACUGGUGUCUCAUCACUCAGUGCAUCACUCCAAGCCACACCUGCCUUGGAUCCGACUCAUUUGGGCGCCGCCUCCCGUUUGCGCCCACCCUCCCAAGCUGUGCCAUCAGACCAAGAAGAAGAAAUUCACGAAACCCCCAGUGCAAGGCCCGGUGGCCGCAGGGCGACCCCAAGACCUGCACCCUCUGGACCCAUACCACGAGGUGGACCCAUCCCGGAUGCAAUACGGCAACACUGUGCCACCCUCCUUGGGCGCGGUCCGCGAGAUCUACUCCCACCUCCUGCAACUGCCGCGGAACGGAGAUCCUGGAUUUACACGCUAGAGCAGCAAUCCGACGGACACGCGUCUGACACCGAUAGCAACAGCAGCGUCACUCGUGACAGUAGCGGAGAAAAUGACAGUGCCGGCGAAGACGGUGAGGAGGAUCGCAUGGAAUUAGACCUUCGCGAGUGGCGCAUCUCCACACUUCUGUCCGAGCCGUCUCUCGCCCAACUCUUGCCAAUUGUGGAAAGCUGCUGCAGUGAAGACGAGACCGACGACGAGGCACCCGAGCCGCCGAAUGCGCGACAAAAAUCUUGUGUCACGCUCACAAUGCCAUGGCGCCAUUCACGAGUCACUUGUCUCAUGAUGGAGCUCGAUCGAAUAAGAAGCAAUCGCCGGGACGAGCACAGCAAUGCACCCCCAACGCGUACACGCAGGCGAUCAGCAAACCCAAAUCAAAGUAAAGUCUCAGCCCCGCAUGGGUUACCAAUAGGAACGUACGACCAAGACUGGUUAUGCCAACUUUUGGGUUACGACGCUGAGAGCUUGAAGCCCACGACAGCGCCCGCCAUUGGUCACUUCAUCGAGGUCCUUAAGACUCUUUGA